UGAGGCGGUGUUUACUGUUGCUAGGUAACGCGCAUAGGUAGCUUAACACCAGUGAAAGGCUUUCUGCUGAUUAUCCAACCCUUUUCUCUUAACAUGGCAGAUAAAGAUAAACUGGAUUUGGUCCAUCGGGACGCGAUUCACGCUGAGCGGGUCCGGAAAGAGCAAAGACACCAGAAGCUCCACACGGAGUUCAGCAUCAACCCCCACAGGAAAUUGCAUGUCCUGCCAGACAAACCCAUGUGUAGGAGAACGACAGAAGUGAUUCCAGAGGACGAGGAUUUCAUCAAGGCUUUCCGCAAGGCCCACGAAGUUCCUACCAAGAAGUACUCUAUGCCACUCACUGAGAGUCAGGAGAUAGGAUGGAUGCCAACUCCACUGGUCCCGGAGUCCCGCCAAGACACCAGACUCAAUUUCUUCCGAUUUAUGACAGAUGUCACCAAACACCAUGAAUUGGGCCAGAAAAUUAAACUACACACAGGCACAGACACACACACACAAAAGAGAGAGAAUAAAGACUGAAUGCCUACUGAAA